CGUGCUAACUUGUGAAAAGGGCGACAUUAGUUGAGGAGGUAGUUUCUCUCUCUCUCUCUCUCUCUCUCUCUCCAUACUCUCUUCGAGCGCAAUGGCGUCCAGAAGAGGCGGAGUCUCUCUCCCAGAGAGGCCACACAACAAUACACCCAGCGACGGAAUCCUCUCCAGGGUUUCCUCUAAGAUCUCCGAGUCUCCGAUCCUUUACCAGGGCAAGCGAGCGGCCUCCGACGCCGGCUUCGUCGCCAAGAAGCUCCUGAGGAGCACCGGAAAGGCGGCGUGGAUAGCUGGAACCACGUUCUUGAUCCUCGUCGUGCCUCUCAUCAUCGAGAUGGACCGUGAGCAGCAGUUCAACGAGCUCGAGCUGCAGCAGGCUAGCUUGCUCGGCGCACCCCCUAAGUGAGAUAUAUUGUUUUCUCAUUCGCAGUCAAGCUAGAAAGGUUGAAUAAAUGCCGGGGAUAAUGUAAUUCUUGUUUUUAGGGUUCAUUGAGAUCCUUGUGGUAGAAUUUGGUGUUUAUUGUGUAAUUUUGAUUCGUGGGUCGAGUAAUAACAAGUUUCAGGGCUAAUAAUAUUUGUAGUUUUUCUUUCAAGUUCUGGUUCAGUCUUUGUUUGAGGUUUGUGGGAUUGUUGCUGUAAUUGAAUAAGUUUGAAACGUUGUGUUGAGUUGAUGUUGGUAUUUA